AUGGAUUGGAGAGAAAAGCGGUCUUUCAACUUCUUUCGGAAUCGAACCGCUGGUGAAUUGUCUGGAUACUUCUGUCCUCAGCUGUGGUCUCGCUUCGUGCUGAACACAGCCCAUCAUGAAGACGCCAUCAAACACGCAGUGAUAUCCAUUGGCGGUCUGCAUGAGCUCUUCCUGCUGCCUUCCCCGUCCGAAGAUGCUUCUCUGCUUGCAUUUGCCAUGCAGCACUACGGUAGAGCGAUGCACCAUGUGGUUAGGCUUGAUACAAACAAAUCGGCUCGGGCGGUUGACGUCGCGUUGACAGUGUCAGUCCUCUUCGCCUGCAUUGAGAUUCUUCGAAAGCAUUUUGCCUCUUCACUGAGUCACAUCCACUCUGGCAUGAGGAUAUUAGCAGAGCUGGCUCGUCGCUCUGAGGAUACCCCGGAGCACUACCUGCCGAGAAAUCUGCUGGUUCAGAUGUACCUCAGGCUGGACACUCAGGUCAUGGAGUUUGGCAAGGACGGAUUCCAAGCGCCUCCUGCUUUUGCGAUCACUUCUGUCGAUCCCAUCCCGACCACUUUCAGUGAUAUUGAUGAGGCUCGGUCAUCUUUCGAGAUGUGUCGCUACCAGAUACUGCACUUUGCCCGCCAUGUCCAAGCUACAAAAAGGGAGUGUGAUUCGCCCAGCGUAUAUGUCCAGGAUUACGAUGGUCGGUACCAAGUGCUCCGACAGCACUACAAUGAGUGGGUAAUGUCCUUUCAACGCAUGUUACAAAGAAAACGAACCCACGACCUCGCGGCUCUGACCCUCAAAGCUUCAAGCGUCGCUCUCGACAUCAUUCUAAACUCAUGCCUGGAACCCCAUGAAAUGGUCUUCGACCUAUUUACAGACAAAUUUAGGAAGUUGCUCAUCAUUACAGAGGAGAUAGUUCAUGGGAUGCAGCAAGACUCCAGACCGAGAAGAUCACCUAAACAUCUAGAAGUCUCUUGCCAAGAUGGCGUUCCGGGUGCAUUUCCAUCAAGUUCGAAUCACGACACCAAGCCUGUCAUAUGCAUGAACCUUGGAAUCGUCCCGCACCUCUAUAUGGCCGCAACGAGAUGCCGAGAACCAGAUAUUCGACAGAGGUCCUUGUAUCUUCUGAAAACUAUCAAGAGGCGGGAGGGGAUUUGCGACAGCGAUAUGCUAGCAGCCUUUGCGCAGAAGCUUGUCCUUGAGGAGGAAGACGGAGCUCGACGACAGAUGCAAGGGGUGAACUGCGAUCCCAAAAGGCAGAUCAAACUUCAUUCGUCGACACAAAUCCCGGAGACGGUCAGGAUCCCAGUUUCACUACACCGACCGCGAGAUCUUGACGCAAUAUGA